AUACACUAGCAGUCUCCAUUUAUCAAAUUCCAUCUGUUCCACUAGAAUGUAGUGAGUGAGUGACGCCUGCGGCUGGCAAGGAAUAUUGAGGGGGUGGUGGGUGUUCCCUUGAUUAAGUCAUGACGAAAAAGUCAAAGACAUUACAUCAUCAACACACCACCUCAGCUCAUAAUACUCUCACCAGCUUCUCUCUCUCCUCUCCCAUUAACAAUUUAAUAUCACUAUCACUAUCUCUCCCUCUUCUAUCAAGCAUCUAAACAUCAUCAUGUCACAAAAAGAAGAAGAAAUCCAAGUUGCCCAAAUAAUCGUCUCCUCCCUCUACAAUGCCGGAGUCCGCGUCGUCUUCGGCAUCCCGGGCGCCAAAAUAGACGCCGUUUUCAAUACCCUUAUCGACCACCCGGAAAUCAAAUUGGUAGUUUGUAGACAUGAACAGAAUGCUGCCAUGAUGGCUGCUGCCGUGGGAAGAAUCACGAGUAUCCCCGGUGUAUGUAUUGCGACGAGUGGACCGGGGGCGGGAAAUUUGACGACGGGUUUGCUUACUGCUACGACGGAGGGGGAUCCGGUCGUUGCGAUUGUUGGGAGUGUACCUAGGUAGGUUUGUGAUCUUCUCUCCUUAAGGUUUCCUAGUUGGGAUGAGACUAAGGAAACUCUAAGCUUUUGAACGAGGAGUACCAUUAGUUCUACUUUUGUUCAAUCGAACUACGCAGGCUUGGGCAAGUAGACUAAUAUUUAUAUCUAGGUUACUGAGUACAAAACACACUCACCAGUCAAUGAAAUCCAUGGAAGUCUUAUCACCGGUUUCAAAAUUCGCUACUAACAUCGACGUGGAAGACCAAGCUGCAGAAACAAUCCUCGCAGGUUUCAGGAAAGCAUCGACAUCGCCAAAGGGCGCAUCGGUAGUCUCAAUCCCAAUGGAUAUAGCAGCCGGAAAAUCGAUCAUCACAGCUUUUCCUGCGGAAGCAUUUCCAGCGCCGCAACUUGGUCCUUCAGACGAGGCAUUGUUGCAAAAGGUUGCUAGGAUGAUUGAGAAUGCUAAGAUGCCUGUAUUGUUUCUAGGAAUGAGAGCGUCUAGUGAGAGGGUUGUGAAUGAAGGUAUGUCAUGUGCAUGUAGUAAGUUUUAAUCUCUUGAUCAAAAAUUGACGUUGUUGUAGUACACAAACUCCUCGCCAAAUUCCCAAUCCCAGUUGUUGAGACUUUUCAGGCAGCUGGUGCCGUACCGAAAGAACUCAAGCACCUCUUUUUCGGUCGGGUGGGUCUGUUCCGGAACCAAACAGGCGAUAGACUCCUCGCCAAAUCUGAUCUCAUCCUAACAGUCGGUUAUGAUCCAACUGAGUACAACGCAAACCAAUGGAAUCCAAGUGGCGACUUGAAUAUCGUACAUAUGGAUUUCACAGCCUGCGAUUAUGAGAAGUACUACCAUCCAUCUGCCGAACUCCUCGGCUCAAUAGUAGAAAAUACCGCAUAUCUCACGAAGGAAAUCAAACAAGUAAACGACUGCAUCAACACCGAGUUUUGCCAAAAACUCACCCAAGUCUUCGCUUCAUGGCAAAGCCGAAAAGAACUAAGACGAGAAUCAGGUCUCGUCCACCCUCUCCACUUUAUUUCCCUGCUCCAAGAAAAAGUCUCCCAAGAUACAACCGUUAUUUCCGACGUGGGCACUGUAUACAUCUGGAUGAUGCGCUUCUUCUUCGCCUAUCAACCGCGCCGCCUCCUCUGUUCCAACGGCCAACAAACCCUCGGAGUCGGCCUCCCAUGGGCCAUCGCCAGCUCGCUAGUCCAAGACCCACCAUGUAGCCAAAAAGUCGUGUCCCUGAGUGGAGACGGUGGCUUCAUGUUCUCGUCCAUGGAGAUGUCCACCGCUGUGCAGCAGGGAUGCAAUAUCACGCAUUUCAUCUGGAAUGAUGAGGCGUAUAAUAUGGUUGAGUUCCAGGAGGUGCAGAAGUAUGGACGGAGUAGUGGGGUGAAGCUUGGGGGUGUGGAUUUUGUGAAGUUUGCGGAGAGCUUUGGCGCGAGGGGUUUUAGGGUGGGGGAUUCGAGUGAGCUUGAGGGGGUGAUGAGGGAGGCGUUGGCGUAUGAGGGGGUGAGUUUGGUGGAUGUUAGGAUUGAUUAUAGUGGGGUUAGUGAGUUGGCGAGGGAGCUUAUACCGGAGGAGUUUGUUUAA